AAGAAUUAUUUUUAUUCUUAUUUCUUAAUUCCGAUUUCCUACUAAUGUAAUGGUGAAAAAUGUAAAUUUGUCAUAAUACUUCUUUAAUUUAUAUAAGAUAUUUUAAUUCGUGUGUUAUUUUGUAUUACCAAUGGCUGAUUCUAUUUGUUCUGAUAGAGAAGCAGAAGUAAGAUGCGUCCCGCCAUCAAGAAUGAUGCCAGAUGCUCAGUUUUUUCAUCCUGCAGCUUUCAACAUAGCCAUGAAUCAAUAUCGGGCUAUGGAAUAUUUACAGCAACAGAAACAAUAUCAGAUCAAAGUGGAACCUGAGGUGAGUUUCUACAACUGUCAGAAUGAGGAGAGUGAUGAUGAUAGCAGCAGCGACAAGUCCGGCCGUCAGUCCCCCAAUGCCUUGACAAUCGACGAGCAAGCACCUGCCAACGAUAGCACCAGUACUAAGAAAACACAGAUAUGCAACAUCUGUGGCAAGAUCUUGUCUUCGCCAUCAUCUUACUACGUCCACAUGAAAAUGCACUCUGAGAACAAGCCCUUUGCAUGCACCAUGUGUGAAGCCAGUUUCUGCCGAAAACCGUACCUGGAAGUGCACAUGCGCACGCACACAGGUGAACGUCCAUAUCAGUGCGAGAUCUGCCAGAAGCGCUUUACACAGAAGAGCAGUCUCAACACUCACAAGCGUGUUCAUACUGGGGAACGUCCUUACUCCUGUGAUAUAUGCAAUAAGAGAUUCGCAGUGAAGAGUUAUGUGAAUACUCACCGGCUGAGCCAUGUAUCAGAUAAGCCCCUGGCCUGCAACCGCUGCAGUGUAGUAUUUACAUCCAAGAUGCACUAUACAGAACACAUGCGUACGCAUGCUGCACGCCACAUGUUUGGCUGUCACGUCUGCGGUCGUACGUUCGCCAAGGACAGCUACCUCAUUCGUCAUCACAACCGUGUCCACCGGGACAACACAUCUCCGCCAGUUCCCUCCGACUUUAACUCAACUGGCUUCGAUAUGAGAAUGAAGUCAAACCCUGAAGACGGAACGAUUCCUGAUGUGUUGAGAUUGAAACCAAAUCCAGAUCAAGCAAUGGUCUCGGACUAUUUCAGAAUGAACCCUAGCAUGGAGGUGGUACCAUCUGUUGAAUGCUUCAGGGUUAGGCCUAAUGUAGAAGAAAAACCAAUUUUGGAAUGUUUUCGGGUGAAAUUAAACUCAGGAGAGAAAUUGACAACUGCUGAAUGAAAUCUAACCGAUGAUCUUCAACUGGAUCCUUUUAUAAACAGAUGUUAAGGACAUCAAUCAAGUUAUGGGAAUGAGGAAUACCAUGUAACAGGAAAUACUCUUGUACUUAUUUAUAAUAACUGUUGAACACACUGUUCAGAAUUUACAUGCUUAAAUGCUUGUUUAGUACUUGAUGGCCGGUCCACACAAAAAAUUAUGAUAUAUGAUUUUAUUGUUCACAAUGUUUGAAUACUAAAUAUUGGCCUGUAAAGUUGGUUUUCUAAUAUUGUAUUUUAUUUUUAAUGCUAGUGCCAUACCAUUUACAAUGUUUCAAACUGCUUACUAAAAAUGUAUGAACGCAUGAGUGAUGUUCAAAAUAUAAUAAUUAUUUAAGUUUUGAUAUUAGAUCAAUAAUUCCAGGAAUGUUACAUGAACCAACAUGUUGUACACAUGAAAGUACUCUAACUAAAAGUUGACGUGUUCUUGCUUCAAAAUUCAGCUUUACAAGGCACUUGGUGCCAUUAAAAAUGUCUUAACAUUCUUACAAAAAUUAAUUUAUGGAAGUUUGCCAUUACAAAUAAUUUAUUUUAUG